CUUAAAUUCGAAAGCUUUUAGAAAUUCACUAGCGUGUGAUGAAACUCCCGCCAGAAAAUGGGGAGCCAUCGGAGAACAUCUGAGACGUCGUCAACGGCGGAGCUCCGGUCAAAGCUCACAAGAGUCGUACGAGGCCACGAACAAAUGAAGACCGCUUUCCACCAACUGAAAUCUCAGAUCCAAAUCGGCCUUCUCCAGGCCGAAGACGUCUUCGCGUCUCUGGCAAUUCCGUUGAUGAAGCUCGUAGGUCUCAAGACGGUGGAGAUGGCGACGGAGGGCCGAUUCACCUCCUUCAUCAUCCAAACAGAUUCCGAUUUGAGUUCUCAGUAUCAGAGUUUCGGAGCCGGAUCUGGACCGUCGGGACGGUCAGAUCGGAACCGUCAGUGUGCGAAGAUAGAGAUCUACGCGGCCAAAGCGGCGGUGGCCGGCGAUUUGGUAAUCGAGAAGCAAAAAGAUCAGCUGAUUCAACUGGUUCGGAUCCUGAAGCAAAUCGAGUCCCAAGUCAACAAUCGGCAGAGCCACAUGGUCGAAACCCUAGCCAAUCGCCGCCAUUCCCUUCGCAAAUUCUUCCAGAGAGCGAUCGCCUACUUAUCCACCGUUGACCACCAGGGGUUCCAGGUGGCGGUGCUGAACAUCCUCCGGGAAAUUUUCAACGAAGUGAGUGCGGUUUUGGGGUCCGUGGAGGCUGACGUGGAGGACCUGGUGGAGAAUUUGGCUGAGAAAAUGUGUGAGCCAAUGGUGGAAUACGUGGAGGGGGUUAAGGCUGAUUUGAGAAAUGGGACUUGCUUGGGCCUAGUUGGCUUGGUGAAGGAGAUGGCCAGGGCGGCGGGGGAUUCGAGGGCGGAGCUGGAGUCGGCGAGGAGUAAGGCCACGGUGGCAGAAGAGAGCAGAGCUGAGGCUAUGAGGAGGCUCAGGGAAUCAGAAGAAUAUGUGAGGAAAUUGAAGGAAUGCUUCAAGUUCUUGCCAGAGCCUAGUAAAGCAUCCACCAAAGUAACCAAAGCCUCUGCUUUACAUAAGAUGUUAGGCAUGGAGAAAGAUCAAGCCAACGAUGAGAAGCUGUUAUGGGAGCUAUUGGAAAAGAAGAGGAAGUAUCAAACUCCAGAGAGUCCACUUGGACCCAGAGAGCUGCUUCCUCUUCAUCAGUCCAAGCGCCAAAAGGCAACACGUGUAAAGCCACAAGUUGGUAGCGGCGCGUUUUCACAGCGUUCAAGAACCCCACGUUUGGUGGCUGCUCGGAUACCCUUGGGCUCAUCCCCUUCGGUGACAAUUCAGUAAGCCCGUCCCGCUCUAGCAGGUCUUCCCCCAAAUGCAAGCCUAAUAAAAGGUGUUGAUUCGCUGCUGAUUCCAGUCACUACUGGUAGUGGUAAGUGGUAAACCAUCACUUGUAUGUUUUGCGUUUGUGGGCUGCUACUUUUGUCUUUUUAGACCUUAGAGUAGGAAGCUCUAGCCUCUAGGGAACAUGAUGAUAGGAAAUGUAGACAACUUUGGUGCUAGUUUAGAUAGCUUGCAUCAAGAAAUUGAGAGUUGAACAUCCAACAUGUAUAUUGUUUUAUAAUAUCCACCAUUGAUGA